ACUUCCGAGGCAGCUCCUGUCCUCGACUCAGAAAUCUUUGCUGCUUGAACGAAGCAGGAGGUGUUUUAAUAGCUGCGCUACCGACAGUGUUUAGUGGGGAAGGAGAAGUCCACCUCGAGUCGACGGAAAGCACUUAAUUGUUUUGCAAGUGCCUCGCUUAGCCGCGAUACGGCGUGAGCUCGUCCUUCGUUCCUACCGGCCAUUGUUGCUGAUUGCAAGAUCAAGAUGUUGUCUCGAAACUUGUCCCUACUGCUCCUCCUUUGCUCAUGGAUGGCAUGCGUGAGUAUGGUGGAAGCGAUUGAAAACGACGGCGAGUGGAGGUACUACUUCAGCAGUGGAUCUCGCCACCUGUUUGCCGUUCAGGCCGACCUGACCAAGAAAACUACGCCGCAUGCAGCUGCUACUGCCUGUGCCGACAUGGGCUACUCGUUGCUGCACAAGCUCGCUCUACAGCACGAACCGCGGGUCUUCCAGAAGUUUGGCCUCUUUCACAAUGACGACCACACCGUCCUGUUCCACGGUCACCAAAUGGCCCACAAGGAGGGCAACGAGGUGGUGGUGAAGCACGUAGACGCCAGCAGGGAAUUCCUGAAACUAUGCGUCAUCAGAUGUGUCCAUGGAUAUUUCUUGGAAAAUCAAUGCCUCUGCAGGUCAGGGUACACCGGUGCCAGCUGUGAAACCCUUUUGCAGGAGACUGCCUGCCUUGCGAAGACCACUCCAGGACUUUGCCCUCUAACGAACUGCAAGAAUGAUGAGAAGGACCCUUACAAUGUUUAUCACUGUGACAAAGGUUUUAUGAAAGGAUACAGAGUCCACCAUGCAAGAAAGAGGAAUGAUCCACGUACUAUCAUCUUGCGGCCCACUAAGUCUACCUGGUCGAGUCCCUCCGACCCGGAAUUUUAUUUCACCCGAGAACAAGGCAAGCGACUGUGCGCCAAAUCGGCAACUGAAGUGUACGACUACCAGCUGCUGACCGUGGCCCGUUUCAACAGGUUGUACCAUUCUGGGUCGGAUUUCCGCAGUGUUCUGCAAAACGCCGGAAUGCUGGGCCGCGGCGACCAGGACACGUACCUGCUAAGCGAUGGAGUCGCCCGAGUGCAACGUGGAGAGGUGCUCACAGCCGCUGGGGCCCCGCACGAUUUAACCGCCAUUGGGGCCAGAUACAGAGCGGCCUGUUUCCGUGUGGAUUGCGGUGGUAUAGGCUGCUUUUGUGAGGAUGAUAGGUUCAAGGGUACUAACUGUGAUCAGCUGAUCAAGAAACGCGACAAUGGACAUCUCAAAUACAGUUUUUCUGGAGUGCCUGAUUUGGGAGGACAACUCGUGGUGUUUGGUAGCGAACAUCACUUCCACCACAACCAGGCAGAGCGAAUGUGCAGAGAUGCCAAUGCACAACUGGCAGAUGCAGAGCUCAUGAAGACUAAAUGGGGAGCCGUGAUCCUCAACAAACUGCAGAAGGUGAACCACCGACGGGUAUAUUCGAGUGAGUCGCAUUACUGGCUGCAGGGCGGAGAGACAAUCCAGCCGAGUCGUGCAACGCAAAUUCAAGAUGGUAGUCGUCAAGCUCGAGCUCGCCUUCUCUGCAUCCGCUUCUGCAUGAAUGGACAUGCCGUCAACAGGGGCACCUGGCGUUUCUGCGUGUGCCGCAAAGGCUUCACUGGGAAACAAUGCCGAAUAAGGGUCUGCGUGCAUGGCACGCCCAACAGCAAAGGAGGCUGCAGCUGUUUACCAUACUUUAAGGAGCCAGGCUGCGCCGAGCGCACAUCAUUGGUCAUUCGUCAUACCUACGGGCUUGCUCACAUCCGCCACCAGUACUACGUGUUCAAGGAUACACGGAAAACCAACGGAGAAGCCGUAGCCUUCUGCAAGAAGUACAAGAUGGUCCUGCCACGACCCUACCUCCAACCUGUUGUCAGGGGCAUCACCUUGUUGUACAAAGUGGACCUGACCUGGCUCUUUCCUUCCCCGCAUCCGAGAACUUCCGAUGGAGAACACCGCCACGCGCACGAAAGAAGGGGUGUCAUCUGCGUUGCUGGAGGCUUUUACGAAUGCAAAAAGUAUAAUGUAGUCCUCCACUACAUGGAUAAUGGUCAGCGCAACUUUGAGCAAGCUAACUAUGCUUGCCAACAUCAUCGCAUGCAUCUCGUCUCCUUAAACGGGCAAACAUGCCUUCCUGAGUUUAUGCGCCAGAUGGGCAUAAGAGGGGAGUACAGCAUGUGGCUUCAGAAUAAACUUUCCAUGCAGUCCAGAAAGCCAAGGAGGAGUCACGACUACCAAAUUACACCCCCUUCUAUGAAAAUGAAGUACCUGAUUUGUGAAGUUGUAAUGACCUAAUGGCCAUCGUUGACAUGCUCCCUGGAGAUUGAGCCGGCUGGUCUUUCGUACUUCCUGCCGCCAGGCUAUUUGGAUUGCUGCGACCCCGAUCGCACUAAUGAAUCUUCUUCUUUCUUUAUUUGAAAAACCAUCACCCUAAUUUGGACAGUUCGAACUGGGUUGCCACAUGCAGCCUAGUAUGAAAUCCUGCAGGGCGGUGGACGGCAUUUGCCUUCUCCGCCUAACCCUGUGAGAACUGUCGAAACUGCUCUGUAAAAGCAAUAACUACAGUGUGUGUGUUUUGGAUACAGCGCACAAUGCUGCUAAUCUGCUACCCCCUAUUUAUUCUACUUCUUUCGUCUCGAGUCCAUCCAUUGCAUUGAGGUGGGCAUGUGUCCUUUUCGUGAGUGUAUAACAAUAAAAUGGGAGUUCAAUCUCAAACAAGACCCCGUAGGGGAUGUG